UAUCCACCACACCACCAUUUCUCCCUCUCUCCUACUGCUCCUACACCUGUACUUGGGUAGGACCAUUGUUCUAGGACUGCUAGGGUCUCCAACCAAAAGUUGACAAUUUCAAAUCCAGCAGUCUCUCUCCUCUCCUAGACCUUUCCCCCUGUCAAUAGCCCACCCAAUCCAUGGAUGACCUAAUGGUUAGCUGAACAUAGGUUCAUAGUUAUCACCCAAAGGCAGGACGACGUGGCCUAACCCUAGUUCAGGGCCCUGCUCUUCUGGGCCCUGGACCUAAAAGUUGGUUUAGGGUGCUCUUAGGUACCGGAAAGUGGGUGACCGAAAGAGGGAAAAAUAGUGUUGGUGAUAGGGGGAUAGGUUAGGUUUGUACGACCCUUUUCCAAGCUUCCGGGCAUGGAGCCCAGAAUUGCGAACAAGUUUAGGCUAGGGAGAAAAAUCGGUAGCGGAUCUUUCGGCGAGAUCUACCUUGGAACGAACGUUCAGACAAAUGAAGAAGUCGGCAUAAAGCUGGAAUCGACCAAGACGAAGCAUCCGCAGCUACUCUACGAAUCGAAGCUCUACAGGAUUCUCCAAGGAGGAACCGGCAUCCCGAACAUCCGGUGGUUCGGCGUGGAGGGUGACUACAAUGUCAUGGUCAUCGACCUGCUCGGGCCCAGCCUCGAGGAUCUCUUCAACUUCUGCGCGCGGAAGUUUUCGCUCAAGACCGUUCUCAUGCUCGCGGACCAGCUGAUUAACCGCGUGGAGUACGUGCACUCCAAGAGCUUCCUGCAUCGUGACAUCAAGCCGGACAAUUUCCUGAUGGGGCUGGGCAGGCGAGCCAACCAGGUGUACAUCAUCGACUUCGGCCUCGCUAAGAAGUACCGCGACCCCACCACGCACCAGCACAUCCCUUAUAGAGAGAACAAGAACCUCACGGGGACGGCUCGUUACGCCAGCAUCAACACACAUCUUGGCAUCGAGCAAAGCCGGAGGGACGAUCUGGAGUCUCUGGGCUACGUGCUCAUGUAUUUCCUUCGAGGAAGCCUGCCCUGGCAGGGACUGAAGGCGGGCACCAAGAAACAGAAGUACGAGAAGAUCAGCGAGAAGAAGAUGUCCACUCCCAUAGAGGUCCUCUGCAAGGGCUACCCCACUGAGCUCGCCUCCUACUUCCACUACUGCCGCUCGCUGCGCUUCGACGACAAGCCCGACUAUGCAUACCUCAAGCGCCUCUUCCGCGACCUGUUCAUCCGGGAAGGUUUCCAGUUUGACUAUGUGUUCGACUGGACUAUUCUCAAGUACCAGCAGUCGCAGGCUUCUGUUGCCGCGCCUCGCAUGCUGGGUGCAAAUGCGGCAGCUGCAGCACCAUCGCCCGCUGCCAAUGCAGCAGACGCGGACUUGGCGCGCCCUCGGCACCGGAGCCCCAUGCCCCACGCGGACGAGGAGGCGGAAGCUGAGCGCCAUGCCUAUGGGCGCACAGGCAGCGGGUCAGGGGCGCGCAGAGCCCCUGCUGCAGGCGGGAUGGCGCCCGCACCGGCAGCAGCGGGAGCGGGGGGGGUGCGGGGGAGCACACCUGACGCCCUGGACAGCAAGCGCGGGCUGGGUCUUACCAAUGCACUUUCUGGCAUCCGCUCAGGAUCACGCGUCCGCACUGGCCAGGGAAGCGGGCAUGUGUGGCAGUGGUAGGAGAUAGGCAGGUGCAUGUGCAAGCAAGCACAGUAGAGGGAUGGAGGAUGGGAGGUGCAGGUUCGUGCAACAGUCAGCGUGUGGAGGAUGGGAGAGAGGUGCAUGGUGCAGGGGUUUGGGGUGGGGGAACUGCUGGCCUGGGGGAGGAUGGGGUAGGAGCUCAAGGAUAGCGGUUGCAAGAUGGGGAGGGGGUGGGAUGAGGGUGAAGCAGAGGAGGGGACUGAGAAGGAAGGGAGCAGGCAAGCAGCACGGGGAGGAAGGGAGCAGGCAAGCAGCAUGGGGAGGAAGGGAGCAGGCAAGCAGCACGGGGAGGAAGAGGGCAGGCAAGCAGCACGUGGAGGAAGGGGGCAGCAAGGAUGGGGGAUGGCACGGGGAGGAGUUGGGGGGACUGUGGUGGGCACGAGAGCGGAUUGCCGAUGGAUGGGGGGGUGGAGGACCGGCAAGCCUAUGGAGAGCAGGGGAUGAGGGGAGGAGGGUGGGAGGGUGCAUUUAGGGAGGCAUAAUAUUCAAGCUUGGAGCAGCCAAGAGUGUGUUUGACCUGGUGUUUGUUCUGCACCUCACGACAUGGCAUUCCAUUGACAUGUCUUGGCACAAGGGUGGCGCCGGUGUCCCUGAUAUCCAUCGCACUUAUAUUCCAUCACUUCUAACCUCUGCGUCUGGGCGUCGAGGGCACAGACAAGGCUGGACUACACUCAGAAUCAGAUGAUAACCCUGCUGCUCUACUAUAACGGUCUCAGGGCCGGCCGGACUCUUGACGGGAUAAACCCACAUCCGCUUCGCAGCAGUUAUGUUGCCUUCAAGAGUCCUCAUUGGCACUGUGAAGGGCACACGUACACGCUCUCUGGCCCGCCAUGCGCUACAGCUUUCUCGUUCGCUUUCCCUUUUUUUUUUCUUAAAAGCACGUGCUACUGUUGCUUCAUGGGUUCACUGACAUGUCCAUCCCAUGGAGUAGGGACAUCAGUGACAAUUACCCUGCAUGUGCUAGGUGAUGGGGUGCGGCUGCUGUGCAACGUUCCUCCGGACUUCCAACCGGGGAGGAAGAGCCCUAAACAAUUCUGUCCGAUGCAAAGAUUCGACUGAUACAUUGGUUUAGUUUUGUCUGUGAUCCGUGGUACCCUAUACCCAGUAUUGGUUAAUGGAAGGGAUUUGUUGUACCUUUACUC